UUUUUUUUUUUUAUUUCUUUCUUUCAAGACGGGAACAAGUCGACUGUUUCAGUAUCCCGUGUCUUAGAAAAAAGCCAACGGGAGGAGAAAGUCGAUGGAAAUAGCUUGCGUAGGAUGGAAAGGGAAGCCGAAAUCUGGCUGGGACCAAGCUUUGGAGGGGCAACAGACCCAAGCUGUGUGUGGUCGUGUGGGGAGGGAAGGUCGGGAAGGAGGACAGGUGAGAUAUAUUAGAGACUAAAAUAAUAGGAUGAAUGAGAAGAGGAGAAAGAGAAGAGAUGAAAGAGAAGAAAGAAGAAAGAGGACAGACAGGAAGAAGAAAGAAGAGGGGAAGAAAGGAAGAGGAAGGGAAGAGAAGAAGAAGAGGAGGGAAAGGCGGGGAGGAAGACGGAAAGGAAAGCAGCUGAGCUUCUUUUGGCCUGAGCUUAUAAUCGUGAUAAACGAUGGAAGAUGGGAUAAAUCAAACACAUCGACCACUAAUGCAGAAACCGGCUGGGAUAUUACUCUUGCUGGACAGCUGGGAGGGCAUCCAAAAGGGAGGAUUUGAAGCUCAUCUACCCCUCUCCAGCAGGAUCGACGUCACUGGUUUGUUGCUAGACUGACAGACUACUUCAAUAGUUCCAAGCCGGGAUCAAUAAUAUAUUAAAUUCAUUUCUGUGAUUCCUUGGAUUUAUUAUUUAGAUGGACAUUUUUA